AUGCGCCCUUCCCUCGUUCCGGAGGCGGCGCGCGCCCUCAGGAGGCUGGCGGCGACUGGGCGCCCGAACAGCAUGUUACGGUUGUCGGCCUGGCGGCCGCUCGGAUGCGCCGCCGGGGCGCUGCCCCUGCCCCUGCCCCUGCCCCUGCCCGGCCCGGCCCUCGAGGCGUCCGGCGCGCGCCGCUACGGUUCGCGGCUUCUCGGCGCUGGGGACGAGGCGGGCGCCGCGCGCGCCUUCUUCACGACGCCCAUUUUCUACGUGAACGCGGCCCCCCACAUCGGCCACCUGUACUCAGCGGUGCUGGCGGACGCCCUGUGCCGCCACCGGCGCCUCCUCGCGCCCCGCGCCGCCACGCGCUUCUCCACCGGCACGGACGAGCACGGCCUCAAGAUCCAGCAGGCGGCGGCGGCGGCGGGCCUGGGCCCGGCCGAGCUGUGCGACCGCGUCUCGGCCCAGUUCCGCCGGCUCUUCGGCCAGGCGCACGUCGCCACCACCGACUUCGUGCGCACCACGGAGCCGCGCCACCGGGCGGCCGUGCGGCACUUCUGGCGGCGGCUGCAGGCGCGCGGGCUGCUCCGCAAGGGCGUCUACGAGGGCUGGUACUGCGCGUCCGACGAGUGCUUCGUGCCCGAGGCCAAGGUCGCCCGGCUGCCCGGCGCGUCGGGGGCCCCGCGCCCCGUGUCGCUGGAGAGCGGCCACCCGGUCGCCUGGAGCCGGGAGGAGAACUACAUCUUCCGCCUCUCCGAGUUCCGGGAGCCGCUGCGCCGCUGGCUGCGGGCUCACCCGCGGGCCGUCACCCCCGAGCCCUUCUACCAGCUGGUCCUCAAGUGGCUGGAGGAGGAGCUGCCCGACCUGUCCGUGUCCCGGCGGAGGAGCCACCUGCCCUGGGGCAUCCCGGUGCCCGGCGACGACUCGCAGACCAUCUACGUGUGGCUGGACGCCCUGGUCAACUACCUGACGGUCAUCGGCUACCCCGACGCCCAGUUCGAGGCCUGGUGGCCCAGCGCCGUGCACGUCAUCGGCAAGGACAUCCUCAAGUUCCACAGCAUCUACUGGCCUGCGCUGCUCCUCGGGGCCGGCCUGAGCCCGCCCCGCCGCAUCUGCGUGCACUCCCACUGGACCGUCAGCGGCCAGAAGAUGUCCAAAAGCCUGGGCAACGUGGUGGACCCCGGCGCCUGCCUCGACCGCUACACCGUCGACGGCUUUCGCUACUUCCUCCUGCGUCAAGGGGUUCCCACCUGGGACUGCGAUUACUACGAGGAGAAGGUGGUUAAACUGCUAGACUCCGAGCUGGCCGACGCCCUGGGCGGCCUCCUGAACCGAUGCACUGCUCCCAGAAUCAACCCUUCUGGAACCUACCCGGUCUUCUGCACCGACUGCUUUCCCAGGGAGCCGGGGCUGGCGGGGCCGUUAGUGCGCGCUCAGGCCGAGGAUUAUGCCCUGGUGAGGGCAGUGGCCACUUUGCCCCAGCAGGUAGCAGACCACUACGAUAACUUCCAGAUCUACAAGGCCCUGGAUGCUGUGUCCAACUGUGUCCGGCAAACGAACGGCUUUGUCCAAAGGCACGCGCCGUGGAAGCUGAAUUGGGAGAGUCCAGUGGAUGCUCCCUGGCUAGGUACUGUACUUCACGUGUCCAUGGAAUGUUUGCGAGUCUUUGGGACUUUACUCCAGCCUGUCACCCCAAACCUCGCUGACAAGCUGCUGUGCAGGUUGGGAGUGUCGGCUACAGAGCGAGGUCUGGGAGAACUCUCUUUCUUGUCUCGUUUCUAUGGACAUCCGUGCCCUUUUGAAGGGAGGAGGCUGGGACCUGAAACCGGUCUCUUGUUUCCUAGACUGGACCAGUCCAAGACCUGGUUGUUGAAAGCCCAUAGGACCUAGAGACUCAGUCAGAUCUUAAUGAGUUGUGGUGAAAAAAGCAAAUGUAUUGUUACUAUUUUGCAUUUUUAGGAAAGUGACUGUUUUUUAAAGUGUUGCUUUAAACGAGCACAUAAGUAAUGUCCCCAUGAAAUGAAGUCUGUAGCCUUUUCAGGAGUCUACCCUUCAUCAAUUCUCUGUUAUUUGGCUAUUAUCCUUGUGCAUUCAGCGUCUCAAAAGUCUCAAGGGCAAAGAGGGAUAAGAAACAACUUGGCUGAUAUUAUUCAUUCUCAUUUAUGCCUCCUAAACCAUGAUGUUUUUGCCCAAACUACCUCUAGGCUUUUUACUGGAGGGCCUCUGCAGGGCAGAUUAGAGAGCCUAAGGUUUGGAGGUCCCUACCUCAAUCUUAUAGGAAAGCACUACUUUGUUAUUGUAUGUUUGAGUCUCUUGUCUAAAAAUUACUUUAUUAAACCCUUUGAAAACCA